UCAUGCUGCUGCCAGGUCCAGAGUCUCUCAUGGGUCCCUGUACGGCCUCCCAUUGCUGCUGUCUCCAUCGCCACACUCUGCCAUGUGCCACUUUCAGGUCUCCUCACACUGCUGGUGUGUUCCAUUUUUUGUCAUAGGGUGCUGGCAGAUUACGGGCCUCCCAUAGCUGCUGCCAGGCCCCUAAUCUGCCAUGGGCCCCUAUACCGCCUCCUCAUGCUGCUGCCAAGUCCAGAGUCUGUCAUGGGUCCCUGUACGGCCUCCCAUUGCUGCUGUCUCCAUCGCCACACUCUCUGCCAUGUGCCACUUUUCAGGUCUCCUCACACUGCUGGGUGUGUUGAAUUUUUUGAC